GCCGAGUUCCCACACCCCGCGGCCGCGCCGCCUCAGUAGCCCGGCGGCCGGCGAGGCUCCGCGCGGGCCCGGAGGGGACGCGGGUCGCCGCGCGCCCGCCAGCCCCCGGCGCUCCCCGCCCGGGCGCGGGGGCGCGGGGGCGCACCAUGCCUGCGGACGCCCCGGGGACGGCCCGGAACGCGGCGGAGCACCGAAAGGUGGGGAUGCCGGGCGUGCGGCAGGAGGCGUGGGGUGGGGCGCGCGGACGCGGGACUCAGCCGCAGCCCGGCCCGCAGCCCUCCAAGCCGGGCAUGGAGAAGCGGCGCCGAGCGCGCGUCAGCGAAAGCCUCGCGCAGCUCAAGGCCCUCAUCCUGGACGCCUUCAGGAAGGGUGUGAGUCGGCGUCGGGAGCUGGAGACAGCGGACACCCUGGAGAUGGCCGUGGCGCACUUGCAGAGCCUGCGGCGUGUGCAGGUGACGGCCGCGCUCGGCGCAGACCCCGCCGUCCUGGGCAGGUACCGCGCCGGCUUCAGUGAGUGCCUCGCGGAGGUGAGUCGCUUCCUGGCCGGCUGCGAGGGCGUCCCGGCUGACGUGCGGUCUCGCCUGCUGGGCCACCUGGCGGCCUGCCCGCGCCAGCUGGGGCCCUCGCGCCGCCCCGGCCGCUCGCCCCCCGCGGCGGAGGCCCCGGCGUCCCAGGCCUACCGCUGCCCGCCGCUCGCGGCGUUCGACGGCCCUUUCCCGCUGCCGCGCCCCGCGUCGGCCUUCGCGCAGCGGCUCCCGCCGGGCCUGACCAGGGCGCCCCUCGCCGCCCCAAGGGCCGGCCUGCAGGGCCGGGGCGCCCCCUGGAGGCCGUGGCUGCGGUGAGGGCUGUAGCGGAAGCUGCACCGCGUUCUAGGGCCGCGCCCUUUGCUGCGAGUGGACCAGAGGGUAUUUGUUUCCAGGGGCCGCGCCGUGAGAGUUUUAAUCUUUUUUUUUGUCUUCGUGAAGACUCUAGUCUGCCAUUUCUUUCAGCGUUUAGCUCGGGGGUGGGGGUAGGGGUCUGCUGGUUACUUUGCGCUGGACUUCGGGGGCAGGACUUCGGGUGGCCCUUCCCCAGGGUCUGCGGCCCCGGGUCGGCCCUUCCCUUACCGCCCCUCCCCCCGCCCGGCUGGCGCGCCUGCGACUGUUGAGAAGCCAGCCCCCCUCCUAGAAGUGUGUGGGGUGUGAGAGGCCCCUCAGGGGGUUCGGGCGGGAAGGUGACAGUCACCAUGUUUCCCAGAAUGUAUCCCAGUGUGGGGGAGCAGCUGUGCAGCGUCCUUGGGCAAGAUAUUUGUUUGUUUUUUAAGGUGCUUUACCCCACUCCCACUCCUGUGGACUUUGGAAGGUGGAGACAUAGUCACCCGCCUGUCUUCUGUCUUGGGUGGCUCAGCUGUGACCAGAGCCUGAACCUUGCCCUGAAGCUUUAGUUCGGGCCUGGUCCACUUCCUAGUUUGUUCUCGUGGUUCAUUCAACACAAAGCUGCCUGGACUGACUCUGCCCCAGGCCAGUGUCUGCUCAAGAGAGGGUGUCUAAGUCCUGGGGACAGGGAACUGGGGUCAAGACUGGCAAAGAACACUUAGUGCCGGGAGAGGGGGGGCUCUAGGGGGGGCUCUGGGGGGGCUCCCACUCCCCCAGAGUCCAGCCUUGCUGUGUCCCCUGGGAGGGGAGGUCCCUACUAGUGGGAAAAGACUGGAGGGUGGUCCUGCCCAUGCCUUUGUCCUGAGUACCUACUGUGUGUCAGCCAUACUGUGCCCAGCAGUGAUACUAGGCAGCAUUGGACAUCGGCCCUGGAGUCACUGUCCUGAGGUCCCAACUCUUCCUGAGCUGCUGCGGGGGGCUGUGCUCUGGGUGCAGUGAGGGGGUGUUCUGAGUCAUAUAAACUGAGACUGGAGUAUCUCAUCCUGAGCCCAUCUGAGGCUGAGCCAAGAUUCAUUUCCCAAUUGCAGCCAAGUUCAUCAGAUGGUUGCCUGCCUUCUGCCUGGCCAGGGCCCGUCAGGGGGAAAGAGGGUGGGUCACCACCAGAGGUUAGUCUGCUGCUCUUCCAGUGGCCUCCGUGGCUGUGUCAUAGGCGGGGGUCACCCAGAUUCUCCCCUACUCCGCCAUGCUCACCUGACAGGGACUUCCAGGUCCCCACCAAGCCAGUCACCCCCUGACCUCUGACUACCUUGCACAUUUCCCUGAGAGUCAAGGGCCUGGGUCAGUGGUCCUAGAUGGUGGCAGCCACGUGGCCCAGGUUGCAUACCCUUGCACAUACACACAUUCGGUGAUCCUGGCCCGGGGGGAGGCUCAAAGUAGUCCCUCUGUCUUCGGUGCUGUGGCUCUGGCAGGGCUGUGGGGAAGGAACAGUUCAUAAGGCCUGGUAAGCCCUCUUGGGCAAAAGACUUGCCCAGGGUCUAUUGCUGGACCAGGAUGCUCCCCUUGGUUGGGGGAGAGCAGUUGCUCAGGGAGGGCCUCAGUGCAGAAGGGGGGUGGGGUGGGGAUGUGAAGCCUGGGGGUGGGUAGGGUUUGUACAAGGUUGGGGCCCACAUAUCCUGCAGGAAAAAAGAGCGUCCUCACUACCUGUGUGGCCAGAUGAAAAAGAGCCACCUGGGGAAAUCACCUGGGACUCAAGGCCGUCAUGCUCUCCCUUCCACGGGAGGGCAGCGUUUACUCUAGGCCAGACCCCGGUCUCCCGUUCCCUGCCUGCCUUACUCCCUGUCGUUCCCACCCCCACCCGCACCCCCGUUCUACCUUUACUUCCUAUUUCUGGUAAUCGCUUCUCAGCGCUAUUGCCAAAAGGAGCUUUGCAGUGAGGACCCUCCAAGGAUCUCUCAGGCGCUGUCGGGGACCACACACAGUUCCUUAGCCACGCAAGCUCUUCCUGGUCUCUGUCUCUUUGAACUCAGCCUCCUGGCUGGAAUUCUCUCCCCACUUUCCCUCUGGAGACAGGCACCCCGCUCUCCGUGGGCUCCAGAGGCCACGUCUGUGUCACCCAGCCUUGUCCUCACAGCUGCUUGGAACGGCUCAACUCAUACUGACUUGGUUAAUUUGAAUGGAGUCAGGAGAUUUGGAAAGUGCUUCCUGUUAUUUUUAAGAGGAGAAAGCGGAGCUGGAAGCCCCCACAGCUGUGUCUGGCUGCUGUGUCUGCUCCCAAGAGCCCUGGUGACAGUCUUCAUCCUGGGACGUCUCAUGGUCAAAGAAAAAGGCCUUGGAGUCGACAGGUUCCUGGAAGGCCACCAGCGGUCCCCUCCUGGUUUGUAGCCUUGUGAAUGUGACCGAUAAGGCCCUGUGGAAGUGAUGCGAUGUCUCUUUAAG